ACUGUGAUAUCUCAUGUUAGACUAUGAUAUGUUGUGUUUGGAGUUAUCAUUUGAAGUGACGACUCAGUCUGGGUGUAGUUUUAUCUUUAGAUCUUAUGAACUUUGAGCUAUUUGUUUUGUUUUCGAGUUGCGCGUAAUGUUUGUAUGCCGAUAGAAACAUAAAAUCAAAACAACCGAGUGACGGGGUUGUAGUAGGCUGUAAUUGGAAGAUGUCUCUGAUAAAUUUCAGUAGUGAACGAGAGAGCAAUAAGCGACGAGAGGAAUUACGGACGGCGAGAGAAAGAGCUUUAAAGAAGGCAGAGGCAGAGUUUUACCAGAAGAAGUUGGAGGAGGAGAGGAGGAGGCAGCGGGGCGACGACAAGUGGAUGGCACCGUCAGUCGAGAGUCGAGUGAGGGAGUCCAGCAAGUCUGACAAACAUAAAAAGUCGAAAAAGAAGAAGGAAAAGAAGAAGAAGGAGAAAAAGAAGAAGGCAAAGAAGAAAAAGCACCAGUCAGAGAGUUCCAGUUCGGACAGUGACGUUGAGGAUGAUGACGAAGAAGAGUGGGUGGAGAAGGCAGAUGAGAAGAAAGAAGAUUGUGGUGACAGAACUGUCAGAAAGGAUAAUGUGCCUCAGGAAAGAGAUGCGUGGAUGAUCCCGACUGCUGACAUUUCGAACCUGCUAGAACGUGGAACGGACAACUCUGAAAUCCGUGGUGGUGUCAGAGAAAAGCCAGAUAAUGACAGGCUGAACCUCGAUAUGAUGGGACAGAGUUCACGAGAGCUGAACCCAUACUGGAAGGACGGCGGGACCGGCUUGCCGGAAGACCGGCCCCAGCGAAGGGAGCCCACGGCCCGACAGAAGAACGUUGGAGACGGCGGAGCAGAGUGGCUGCGGCGCGCACUGCGGCGGGCCGAGGAGCAGGCGGCCGCAGAGGGCCGCCCGCUGGAGGAGGUGGCCGCCGAGCGCUGGGGGUCUCUGAGACACCUGCAGGACAUGAUAGCCACAGCAGAGGGGCAGAGGGACAGCGGCAGGAGGCGGCCGGCAUUCAGGAGGCCCGCCGAGGACGGCAGCUCAGCCAGCCCCGGGGGGGACCGGAGGAGCAGGGGAGGAGCGGGAGCGGGAGCGGGAGCGGGAGCGGGAGGGGGCCACCUCAGCGGGGCCGGCAGCCGCAGGGAGCGCCGGGGCAGCCCAGGUAGCAGGGGGGGCAGGGGCGGAGCAGCUUGGAAAAAGUCUGACCUGAGAGUCGUGGAAGAGAAGACGAGGGGCACAAGUAGUACUCCGACAAAUGCUGAAAGGACCACACGUAAACAAGCAGGCAGCAGUUCUGAACGCUCUUCAUCGGAGUCCGAAGAAGAAAAGGGAGGGCCGGUGGGUGCUGGAGCCCCACUCACGGAUCUGGAGAUGAACGAGCUGGCGGCCAAGCUGGUCAAAGCAGAAAUCCUCGGCAAUGAGGAGCUCGUAUCUCAGCUGCGAGCAAAGCUGGACGCAGCCCGUGCCUCUCGCAAAGCUGGCGACGAUGACAAGCGUGGCCGAGAAACGCGGGACGAGGAGGAGGUUGUGGUGCUCACCAGGACAGAUGCCAGGGGCAAUGUGCGGCCCGCAGCUGCCCCCAGUUUCGCGCUGGACAGGGAGGCCGACCUAUGGGGAGGUCGUCGAGGCAGGAAGGCGAACAGGAAGAAAACACACGAUUCCAAAGGACAGCGUGUUCAGUAUUUUGCAGACGACUCUAAAUUCAGUCUGCAGGACCUGUACCAACGCGAGAAAUUCGUCUCUGCGGCAGACCAGCAGGCAGAGUUUGUGAAGCUCUCAGCAAAGGGUGUGGAGGGUGGAGCUGCAGAGACGGGGCGGCCGAGUGCAGAUGCGGAACACCAGCGUGCCGUGUCGGACAGCAGGUGGGUGGCGAAGGCCCUGGAGAGCUGCCGCUGGUGCCUGGGCGGCCGGCAGCUGCAGAAGCACCUCAUCGCCGCACUCGGCGACCAGGUGUACCUGUGCGUCCCACCUCAUCGCUCAAUGGUGGAGGGCCACUGUUUGCUCAUCCCAUCUCAACACGUCUCCUGCUCGACACAGCUGGAUGAAAAUGUCUGGGAUGAGAUGCAGAGAUUUCGCAAGGCCCUGGUGGCGAUGUUUUUGGGGCGAGGACUGGACGUCGUGUUCUUUGAGACGGCAGUACACCUGAGCAAGAUGCCUCACAUGGUGCUGGAGUGCGUCCCAGUUCCAAAAGAGGCAGGAGACAUGGCUCCUGUCUACUUUAAGAAAGCCAUCAUGGAGUGCGAGAUGGAGUGGUCGAUGAACAAGAAGCUGGUGGACCUGGACGGCAGCAAGAAUGUUCGGCGUGCCAUUCCCAGAGGACUGCCGUACUUUUGGGUGGGGUUCGGCAAUGAAGACAAGUUUGCACACAUUAUUGAAGAUGAGAAGCAUUUCCCCAAGAAUUUUGCUCAGGAAAUAGUGGGUGGCAUGCUGGACAUAGACCACAUGCUGUGGCGAAAGCCAAAGAUGGAAAAUUUCGAUGCUCAGCGCCAGAAGGUAAUGCAGUUAGUUCAAUGGUGGAAGCCUCACGACUUCACACGAGGAACAAAACGUUCUCAUGACAGCAGUUCAUCAUCAUCAUCAUCACCAUCAUCUGACUCUGAAUGAUAAACUGUAAAACGACGUCAUGAUAUGAAGUGCCUCUGUUCCACCAAUGAACCAGCUACUACUAACAUUCAGAUACUUUACCUCUGGUGAUUUCUUUCUGUCCAUUGGAGACUUUAUUGACAUUGACAAGGAGACAGCCAGCAGGAUUAUUAAAAGUACGUUUAUGUCAAUGGACAACGUGCUCAAGAGACACUUUUUUUUAAUAUUUCAGUUCUCCGUUGUAAUUAAAUGAAAAUAAAAUAAACAAAUGUAAAAG